UUACUCCUGCUCCCGCCUCAGGGAGAUGUCUGCAUUCUUCGGAGAGGUCUAGUUAGGCGCCCGGGGAAACAGCUGAAAGAGGACAUUCAUGUGGGUUCUGGCGCACGCCCGGCUCGUCUAGGUCAAGGAGCCCAAUUACCCCGCAGAGGUGCGGGGACUGACUUCCUGGAGACCAUCCACGGACGGGCGCGAUCGGGCGGGGCGCCGCACUUGGGCUGCCGGGGCCGGGGCCGGGCUCCGGCGGUGACGCGGCCGGGGAGGGGACGCAGGGGACCGAGGGGAGGCCCCACACGCCCCCGCCCGCCGCCUCCCUGAUUGGGCCAGCGCGGCCCGGCCCGCCGCUGCCCAGCCCGCUCCCUGCGGGGACACGAGCCGAGCUGGCCCUGGCGAGGCCCUCGCCCGGGAUUUAAAGCCCGCAAGUUUUGUUCUGGAGACCACCGACCUCGGCCCCGUCCGGCCCGGCCCGGGGAGCAGAGUCGAUCUCCACGAGGGACGCGUGAGGACCUGGGCUCGCCCUUAGUGAGUUUUGCAUCCAUCUCUCCGAAACAAAGGUCCUGAUUCCAGGUUGCAGUGGAACGCUGAGUGGCCUUCUGUCGGGGCCUUCUGCACCUGAAACAUCCCUGAAGUCUCCCCAGCGUCCCACCACUGGCCUCCCAUAUGGUCACAGUGCCUGCCCUAGGGAAGCAGUACAUGAACAGCUGCUCCAGAUGUGACAAAGGAUGCCGCUGUGGGCGAGUUUUGAUGGGCAGUGUCCUCAUUCUAUAGCAUGUUUUACUCUUCUGCAACCCUAGAAAACAUGGUAUCAGAAGCAAACACCGUGUGAAAGAGGAAGGUCCUUUCCAUCUUCAUGACUAACACACGUUAAGAUGAACAUCUGUCCUACAGAACACUCCGCUGUCUGUUCCCCAAGAAGCAAGCACUUGUUUCAAACUCAUCUGAAAUAAAAAAAACCAAAAUAGACCUGAACGGACAUGAGAAUGUUCGUUAGUGGCAGAAGAGUAAAAAAAUGGCAGUUUAUUCAGUUAUUUGCCACUUGUUUUAUCCUGAGCCUCAUGAUUUUUUGGGGACCUAUUGAUAAUCACAUCGUGAGCCAUAUGAAGUCCUACUCUUACAGAUACCUCAUCAACAGCUACGACUUUGUGAAUAACACCUUGUCUGUCAAGCGCAGUUGGGAGGGGCCUCACUACCCCUACCUGAUCAACCACAGGGACAAGUGUAGGGCUCAAAACGUCCUCCUCCUGCUGUUCGUGAAAACCGCCCCCGAGAACUACAACCGGCGCUCUGCGAUCAGAAAAACUUGGGGCAAUGAAAAAUACGUGCAGUCUCAACUUAAUGCCAACAUCAAAACGCUAUUCGCUUUAGGAGCCCCCCAUCCCCUGCAGGGAGAGGAAGUGCAGAGGAAACUGAUCUGGGAAGAUCAGACGUAUGGUGACCUCAUUCAGCAGGACUUUAUUGAUUCUUUCUACAAUCUUACUCUUAAGUUACUCCUGCAGUUCAGUUGGGCGAAUACCUUUUGUCCCCAUGCCAAAUUCCUGAUGACUGCUGACGAUGACAUAUUCAUUCACAUGCCAAAUCUUGUUGAAUACCUUCAAGGUUUAGAACAAAUUGGUGUCCAAGACUUUUGGGUCGGUCGUGUUCACCGUGGUUCCCCUCCCGUCCGAGACAGAAGCAGCAAGUACUACGUCUCCUAUGAAAUGUACCAGUGGCCCGCCUACCCGGACUACACGGCUGGCGCUGCCUAUGUCAUCUCCAGUGAUGUGGCUGCCAAGGUCUACGAGGCGUCACAGACGCUGAAUUCUAGCCUGUACAUCGAUGAUGUGUUCAUGGGCCUGUGCGCUAAUAAGAUGGGGAUAGUACCACAGCAUCAUGUAUUUUUUUCUGGGGAAGGUAAAGCCCCUUAUCACCCUUGCAUCUAUGAAAAGAUGAUGACAUCUCAUGGACAUGUGCAAGAUCUUUAUGACCUGUGGAGGAACGCCACCGAUCCUACAGUCAAAAAUGUGUCAAGAGGGUUUUUUGGUCAAAUAUACUGCAGGUUAAUGAAGAUCUCUCUCCUCUGCAAGCUGACCUACAUGGACACGUAUCCUUGCAGGGCUGCAUUUGUCUGACAGUACUUGAAUGUGUAUUUUCACUGUCUCUGAGCCAAACCUGGAUGGAAAACCUUUAGCUGUCUGUGCCCCCUACCAAGCGAAUAUGAAAAGAUACUCAAAGAAAUAUUUCGAACACCUAGUCUAUCAGAAUAUUUCUUUGAUUGUAGAAGCUGUUCAUAUGCCUUCUUGACUUCCUGGCCCAACCACGUUAGAAGGAAUUCAUAUUUCGAAGUGGUUUAUAUUAUGGAUGAAAACCAAACUAAUGUGAAAUUCACAUUCUCCUUCAAUGCCACAUGAGUUUGCAGUGUAGAGAGUUCUUAAGAAGUCUUGAUGUUAAGUAACAGCUUUUGGAAAUACCAAGUGAUAUUAAUUUCAAAGAAAUUUAUGUAUUAUUAGAUCAGGUAUUCCCAUUUAUUUUUGCUAAAGAGCACUUGAUGGUGAGGGCAGGAAAAUGUUGGCAUAGGAGAAAAUAUAUAAAUCUGGUCAAAAAAAAAUCUACUUUUAAGAAGGGAUAUAGAACAAAUGUCUACAACUUUAUAAACAACUGAGUCACUAAAUGGUUACAUCCGUGUAGCUAUUUACCUAGUUAGCAUCAUUUAAAAUGUAUUUAUAUCAUUCUUUCAAAUCUUAAUGUGAAAGUUGAGAAGUCGUUAGCUCUGCCCUAACUGGUACUUUGUGUGGCGCCCCUCCCCGCCCCGCAAUGUUAGAAAAUGACACAAACAUGGGCAGUUUGUUGCCAAUAGGGUCCCUCUUUAAGGAGAAAUUAUUAAUUCCAAUAAGGUCUUUUGAACUUAGUGAUUUUUCAACUUGUUUUUAUGGAUUGAGUAUUGGUCUGUAUUUAAGAUAGUUAUUUGAAAUUUUUUUUUUUGCAAAGAGGAAUAGAAUAGUAGAAGAGAUUUCAGAAGGAAGGAUAAAACGUUAAGGGCUUCUUUUCUCUGUAACUUAUGAAGUACAAUCUUAGUGUCUGCAUUGUACUGAUGACCAAAAUUCACCCCUCAGUCCCCAAAAUCAUCUCAUAAACUGCAGUAUUUUGUUCUAAGUUCAGUUUUAAAUUAAGAGCACUGACCAUCAAAUUGGAGUGGUGUUAUCUAAAACAAUCAAUUCUGUUCUUGAAUAACUGUCCAAGCUGGUUUUUAUCUUUUAAGUAUUUCACACUUCAAAGCAAAAUAGAAGUGAUUGGGAAGUUGCCAGGGGGAGAUGGAAAGCAUUUUAUGUGUAAAGCUGCAUACUGUGUAUUAGAUGUGGCUGAGAUCUAAUAAAUUAAGUUACAUUUAUGGUACAAGGUAGGAGAAGAAUGUGGCUGUGAGUGAUGUAAAACACUCAGCCCCUACCACAGAAAGAAUGAGGUGAUGUGUUUUGCUAGGAAGUUUCUAAAAAGGCCCAAAUAGUGACUUCAGCAAAAACAACUGAACUGAUUAGAAACCUUUGGCCACAGAAACACUGUUCUGGACAACUCAGAUGACUUGUUUAAUACGAGGAUGUCAGACAUGGGCGGAACAGAACUGAAAAGAAUUUCUGUGUAUACACAACUGGAUGAUGAUAUAUUUCUUAGGUAGACUUUCAAUGUUUACAACAAUUUUUUUUUCUGUUUUGAAAUUGGAAGUUUGUUUACAUCACUUAGAUAAUUUAGUAGGUUUUUUGUUUUGUUUUGUGUUUUUGGUACCGGGAAUCAAACUCAGAACCUUGCACUUGCCGGGCAGGUGCUUAUGCUGCUGAGCUAAAUCCCUGGCCUAGAUAACUUAGUAUUUUUAACUUGUGUCAAGACCACAGUGUUGAAUCCCCUAGGUUGUAGUUACUGUAUUUCAGGGUAGAUUCAGAGUUCUAGACAUCGCAGUUUAAAAUUUCUGACCAAUCUUAACCACCAUAGAGAACAAAAGCACAAUUUGACAAAGCAGCAUUAUAAUUAAUUUUAUUAGUUGAUUCUUUAAUAACUACUUGUCCUUGGCCCAUAUGUGCCCCAUGUAGCUGUACUUGGAACUGUUAAAAUUUGCCAUUUGUUCGAAGACGUCAGUAUCUCUCUGACUAUUGAAGUGAUCCUGUUUACAGCAAAACUUUUGUGGAACAGUAAUUUAUUUGUUGAAAGAACUCUCUCAAACUCUUUUAUUUUUGCCUAUAAUACAGUAGAAUAAAUUUAAAUUGGAAGGAAACAUGAAGGCACUUCCAUUUUUUUGUAAGAAGGAAGUUGCUUGAUAAUUCCUUUGCUGGACUUUGAGGACUGAGAGGUGUGUUUGUAAAUAGAAACGUUCUAACCUUUUUAAAAGGAAGGAAAAAAAUUCUUGGUGCUCCAGUGCAGGACUGUCUUUUUAAAAAAUGUCAACAAAGGGAAAAUAAACUACUAGCCUAGAUGGUCACUUGGGUAAAAGAUGACUGUACACAGUGUUAUUGUUUAAAAAAAAAAAAAACAAACCUUUUACCUCUGGGUUGGUUUGCAUUCUUUUUUCCAUAUUAUUAAUUUUAUACCAGAAUGUUGAAUAUUUAUACUAUUUUAGUUUUGCUCUUUAUGACAAAAUAAUUAGUGUGUUUAAAAAAUCUAUGAUUUCCAAUAAACAACUUGAAAACUGUCA